AGCAGGACGACCGCGGACUUUUUUUUUUAUUUUUUAUUUUUCCUGAUGUCGGACUGCAGCUCGUCGGGUUCAGAUGAGGAUUUGGACCCGGAGUUGGAGCUGCUGGACGAGCUCGGCGGCAAGCUCAGCAAGUGGACGAACUACAUUCAUGGAUGGCAGGACCGCUGGAUUGUGCUGAAGGGCAAUAUCCUGAGCUACUACAGGUCAGCAGAUGAGAAGGAGUACGGCUGCAGAGGGUCCAUCUGUCUCAGCAAGGCUGUCAUCACCCCUCACGAGUUUGAUGAAUGCCGUUUUGACAUCAGCGUGAACGACAGCAUCUGGUACCUGAGGGCUGAACAUCCUUUGCUCCGGCAGCAGUGGAUCGAUACCGUUGAACUUCACAAGGCUGAGUCAGGUUAUGGGUCAGAGAGCAGUUUACGUCGCCAUGGCUCCCUGCUGUCCCUCACCUCUGCUGCCAGCGGCCUAUCCACCGCCUCCGCGUCUUCCUUCAAGAAGGGAUACAGCCUGCGGGAAAAGCUAGCAGAGAUGGAGACCUUCCGGGAUAUUCUCUGCAGACAGGUGGACACACUGCAGAAGUAUUUUGACAACUGCGCAGAUAUCGACAGUAAAGAUGAACUCCACAGAGACAAAGUAUCCGAUGAUGAGGAAGAUUUUCCAACCUCACGGCCAGAUGGAGAUUAUCUUCUUAACAACAACAACAGCAGCAAAGAGAAAUUGUUCUCUGUGGACAGCCUCAAAGGAUCCUUAGGCAUCGAUUUCAAAGGUGAAGCCAUCACAUUUAAAGCUACCACAGCAGGAAUAUUGUCUACACUGUCCCACUGCAUCGACAUGUUGGUCAAAAGAGAAGAAAGCUGGCAAAGACGACUUGAUAAGGAAAUUGAAAGGAGAAGACGUGCUGAAGAUGCCUAUAAAGCUGCACUGACAGAGCUGAAAAAGAAGCCUCAUUAUGGAGGACCAGACUAUGAAGAAGGACCAAACAGUCUGAUCAAUGAAGAGGAGUUCUUCGAUGCUGUGGAAGCUGCAUUGGAUAAGCAUGACCAGAUUGAAGAGCAAUCCCAGGCAGAAAGGAGCAGGGUAUCUCGACAAAUGUCCCUCACUCCAGACACCUAUUCCUCCAUCAGCACUCAGAAAUACUUGACUAAGCCUCACAGCCACACUUCCUCCUUGUCGUCCAUUGAACUUAUAAGCGCCUCCGAUGAUGUGCACAGGUUCAGUGCUCAGGUUGAGGAGAUGGUGCAGAGCCACAUGACUUAUUCUUUACAGGAUGUGGGUGGAGAUGCUAACUGGCAGCUGGUUGUUGAAGAAGGGGAUAUGAAGGUGUACAGGAGGGAGGUGGAGGAGAACGGCAUUGUUCUGGAUCCUCUCAAAGCUACUCACUCUGUCAGAGGGGUCACAGGACACGAGGUCUGCCACUACUUUUGGGACACAGCUUUUCGGAACGACUGGGAGACAACCGUCGAAAGCUUUCAAGUGGUUGAGACACUCUCAGAUAAAGCGGUCAUCAUUCAUCAGACACACAAGAGGGUAUGGCCUGCUUCCCAGAGAGAUGUGCUUUACGUAUCAGUUAUCCGUAAAAUUCUCUCCACCAAUGAGAAUGAUCCAGACACCUGGCUGGUGUGCAACUUCUCAGUGGAUCACGACAGCUAUCCACCGUCUGCUAGAUGCAUUCGUGCCAAAAUCAAUGUAGCCAUGAUCUGUCAAACCCUAAUCAGCCCACCAGAGGGAGACAAAGAGAUCACCAGAGACAACAUCCUCUGUAAAAUCACAUAUGUAGCCAAUGUAAAUCCUGGUGGUUGGGCCCCUGCCUCAGUCUUACGAGCCGUAGCCAAGAGAGAAUACCCCAAAUUCCUCAAACGCUUCACCUCGUAUGUUCAAGAGAAGACCAGCAGUGAGGCUAUUCUCUUCUGAGCAACACCAGGAUGUUCAAUCUACAUUUCCAGUUCGCUUUGACGCCUUAUACACAUCCCUCACAACAAAGAGCUGUUCUGCCCAAGUGCUCUUGACACUCUUCAGAAACCUUUUCAAACCGUGUCUAUACAGACUGAACAACAGUCAAAAUGGUACAAAAAGCACCUUUUUAAAAAGUACAAACACACUAGAAUAACCAAAACAGCCUGUUCCUUUUAAAAAGGCCUAAUGUGUUUUCCCUAAAUGAGCUAUAUGGCUCGGGUUUUGUUAAAGUGUUUUACGUUUUUGUAAAUAUCUGAUCAUAGUUUGAGGUCUGACUAUGGUCUUGAUGUGAGAUAUAUAUAUAUACACACACACACACACACACACACACACACUUGAUGCCUUUACAUGAGAUUUUUUUUCACUGGCCUUGUCCAAUAGCCAUUUCUCUUAAGAAGACCCUUUCUAGCCCUGAUGAUCAAGAUGACAUCAAACUUCAGUCUUAAGAUCUUUUGUACAGUUAGCUAAACUAAAUGUUUAAGAUUAUAUAAACAUGAAGGCAUUACCCAUUUUUGUCAUUGAUAAAUGUGGCUUUAGGCAAAGUGUACAUUUAAUGGGAACUGCUUGUAUAAGACAAUAAUCAACAUAUAGGGAGGGUGAUAGACCUGUGAAAAGUUGGUAGUGACAUAAUAGGCCAUAAUUGCCUUUCUUUUCAGUUUUUUUUCUUUCUUGUUUUUAAGCCAUUAUGUUUUAAUUUCCAGACGUUUAAAAAAAAUGUCUGCCUUUUUUGGGCCCAAUAACAUCAAUCUAAAUGACAUCAUUCCACUUCUAGUUCAUCACUGCCUACUGGGCUUCCAUCUAGAAAAUCUAUGUAGUAUUACCAAACCUGAAUGACUUAUCAAUGAAACAAAAAUAUAUAUAUAUAUAUAUAUAUAUUGAGAGGACUUUUCUCUGUACAUCAAUGGUUACCAGCAUUCUUGAAAU